AACCUCUGUAUCAUAGUACACGCUAAUUUUUGUUCUACUUCUGUACUUCCCAAACCAAAACCCACCCGAAACGAAGUCUUCUAUGGAAGCACUCUCCAUCAUCUCCGAUUCUUCUUCGCUCCUUCUUCGCACUCCUUCUACUUCCUCUGCUGUGAGAACCCUUCCACUUUCUUUCUUCAAAAUCACCCAAAACUCUCACUCCCAUCUUCUCCCUCUUCGUGUUUCAAACACUGGUGGCGAUGAAGCCACCAAUGAUUUCGCUUUAGCUUCUCAGCCUCAGGAAAACUUGAGCCAUUCUGAGACUGAGAGUUCUGAGGACGAUCAAGAUGCGCCUCUACAAAUGAACAUGUCAUGGACAACUGUUUCAACCCCAGGAGGAGGUGGAAGUGCAUCGGGUGGUGGCACCAGGGCUGGACUUUUCAGAACUCCUAUUUCUGGUGGCGUGCAGAGUGCCACAUCGGCUCACGGUUUACCUAGACCUGCUUUAGCAGUUCGUAACCUGAUGGAGCAGGCAAGAUUUGCUCACUUGUGCACUGUAAUGUCUCGUAUGCACCACCGACGAGAAGGAUAUCCAUUUGGUUCUCUAGUUGAUUUUGCACCAGAUUCGAUGGGCCGUAAGUCAAUAAUUCUUCAUUUUCUUGAUUAGUUACUUCCGUUCAGUCAUGAAUAUU